GAUUGCACAGUAUCGUUAAGAGACGUUGCAAAGAGAAGGUAUAAAUAGUUCUUGGUAAGUGCUGGACGAACAUCAGUUCCUCACCCGACAGCCUUCGUUGCUUAUCUAUUUUUCCUGUUCGGAAAUGAAUUUCCUCAUAUUAUUGGCUUGCCUUCUUGCGAUGGUCAUCGCCAUCCAAGGAACACCAGCAAUGGAACCCAGCACUAACAUUGAAGUUCCCCCCGACCAAAACGUGGAAGACUGGUAUUAUCGCACCUACUACGGUCACUAUUACAAUCCAUACGGCUACUACGGUCAUGGAUAUUGGCGUGGACGCCGCUCUGUUGAGGAAAAGCAGCCGGAAGCCUCGAUCAACAUGAAAUUUGGUAUUACUGACCAAGAUGUCAACCAAUACUUUAAUCGUGGGUAUUAUGGCCACCAUAGUCCCUAUGGUGGACACGGACGUCGGCGGGGUCGUUACGCUACCAAAGAUCAGAGUAGUGAGGCAUCUUACUACCCCGGCUGGGGAUACAAACGCAGGAACUCCGGCAGCUAUCCUUACCGCCAUUCUUAUUAUUAUGGUCACUAUCCAGCAUCUUUUUCUUAUGCCUAUAGCCAUUAAGCGACAAUUCGACAAUCGUAGUAUCGUGAACAAAAAACGAUUUAGAAACGUUAUCGUAGUCUAAUCCUUCUACUAACAUCUUCUGUGGGGUCUGUUGGCUAACACAAUGGCUUUCGUGGUAUUUGGUUGUGUUAUUCUUAUGUACACAAUACACUCAUUGUUGACAUCCAGACUAUCUUUACAAAA